GACGACUCUGCCGUCCCAGAGUGGAAGGACAAUUACCUCGACUACAAGCAAGCCAAGAAGAAGCUGCAUGCAGUCCGCAAAGCUGUUCGUGGCGUACCCGGCUCUGCAAAACCAAGACCGACUCCACGAAACUCCGUCCGAGAUGCGCCAGUGUCUGCUUUGCUGCGACGACAACAACAGACCUUUUCGGCCAAUGCCACUACGCCCAUCGCCCGGAUUGGCCAUGUCAGAUCCUUCAGCGAUUCGCACGAAGCUGCAGCAUCGCAACUCGGUGGCAGUGGCUCAGUAUCUGCACCCAUCCCGAUCAAUGAGCGUAGUCCGCUUCAGCCCAAAAACAAGGCGGAAGAGGGACAGGGCUGUAUGACAAGCUAUGGCAGCAUCAUCGGCAGUCCUCCUCACAGUGACGAGGUAACUCGCUUCAAUUCACGCCAAGCACCCUCUGUGCAGCUGCCACCUCCCGCUGUCGACGACACCGACGGGGGCGACGACGAUGCUGAGUCCGACGAUAGCCAA